AUGGCCGCACCAUCUAUUCAGCCCUCCUUCCGGGCCCAUUAUAUCCGAUAUAGCGGAUCAAUAGCUGGCCGCGACAGAAUACUGCAAUUAAUCCAGUACGCCGCCCGCUUCAUGGCAUGGAAGCUGGCCCGCGCAAAAUACAGCCCCCAAGCCGUGGAAAAGUACGACGCUAUCAAGCGCCAGAUUAUCCUCACCAGGAAGCUGUGGCGUGUCGGCAGAUUCAUCGACCUGCUGAACGGGGUGUACCUCUCUCUGCCGAGGAAGGCACCUGCGAACCCGAUCUCGCAUUAUCUGACGCUGGGCCGGCAGCUCAGCCUGGCAAGCUACCUCUUCAUCGACUCAUGUACGGCUGUCGACGCGAUUGGGCUGGUCAAGAUCCGGAGUAUGCCCCGCUUGUCGCGGAUGUGCAUCCAGCUUUGGGCGACCGGGUUGGUGUUUGGCAUUUCGAAUGGUCUUUACCGGGUUGCUGGGAUUUUGAGGGCGCGGGCUAGAGCUGUGCAGUCCAGCCCGGAUGGGAAGGGAGGCGAGAAGGUCACUGUGCAGACCACAUCCCCGACAUCCGUGGUAGCUGCAACGCCGAUAGUCUCGGCGGAAGAGCAGAAGGCGGUGAUUUUGCAGCUUUCUGCGGACAUUGCGGACUUUCACGUUGCUUCGUCUGCGUUGAAUCUGCAUGGCUUGAAUGAUGGCGUUGUCAGUGUAGCGGGUAUGUGGAGCAGUCUGAUCGGAAUUUACUUUCAGUGGCGGCAGACUGCAUAG